AUGCACACUGGGCAAAACCCGUUUCACUGUCAAAUAUGUGGAAAAUCUUUCACGAAAAAUUCACAUUUUAUUGUUCACAAGCGUAGUCACACAGGAGAAAAACCAUUUCAUUGUGCAAUAUGUGGGAAAUCUUUUAUCUCUAACAGUAAUUUAACAAGUCACAAAAUAAUACACACUGGAGAAAAACCGUUUCAUUGUGAGACAUGUGGUAAAUCUUUUAGUAACAAUUCGAAUCUUGUUGUCCAUGUACGUAGACACACUGGAGAAAAAGCUUAUCACUGUGAAAUAUGUGGGAAAUCCUUUAUUACUAAUGGUCAGUUAAAAGCACACCAGAGAAUACAUUCUAGAGAAAGCCUGUUUCAUUGUGAAGUAUGUGGGAAAUUAUUCUUUAAAAAUUCACAACUUACCAUCCAUAAAAGGAUACACACUGGAGAAAAACCAUAUCACUGUGAAAUAUGUGGGAAAUCUUUUGUCUUUAAUGCUCACUUAAAAUCUCAUAACAGGUUACACACAGGAGAAAACCUGUUUCACUGUGAAAUAUGCAGGAAAUCUUUCAUUAAAAGUUCUAAGCUUGCUAUCCACCAAAGAAUUCACACUAAACCGUAUUGCUGUGAAAUAUGUGGUAAAUCCUUUGUCUCCAACAAUCAGCUGAGAACACAUAGCAGAAUUCAUACUGGAGAAAAACCAUUUUGCUGUGAGAUAUGUGGUAAAUCAUUUGUCACAAAUGGUAAUCUAACAACUCACAAAAGAAUACAUACUGGAGAAAAACCAUUUCACUGUGAAAUAUGUGGGAAGUCUUUUACGUCAAACGAUCACUUAAAAACACACAAAAUAGUGCACACUGGAGAAAAAGCUUAUCAUUGUGAAAUCUGUGGAAAAUAUUUUGUCUCAAAUACUAAUUUAAUAAUACACAAAAGAAUACACACUGGGGAAAGACCAUACUACUGUGAAAUCUGUGGAAAAUCUUUUGUCUUCAGCAGUAAUUUAACAAGACAUAAACGAAUACACACUGGGGAAAAACCCUAUCAUUGUGAAAUAUGUGGAAAAUCUUUUGUUUCUAAUAGUAAUUUAACAACACAUAAAAGAAUACACACUGGUCAGAAUCUGUUUCAUUGUGAAAUAUGUGGGCUAUCUUUCAUAGAAAACUCUAGGUUAACGAUCCACAUACGAAGUCAUACUGGAGAAAAACCAUAUUGUUGUGAAAUAUGUGGGAAAUCUUUUGUUUCCAACAGUAAUUUAACAACACACAGUAGAAUACACACUGGAGAAAAACCAUAUCACUGUGAUAUCUGUGGAAAGUCUUUCAUUAAACAUUCAAAUGUUAUUAUUCACAAACGAGCACACACUGGAGAGAAACCCUAUCACUGUGAAAUAUGUGGAAAAUCAUUCUCUGUUAAUUCGAGUCUUGUUGUUCACAAAAGGAUACAUACUGGAGAAAACCCAUUUCACUGUGAGAUAUGUGGAAAAUCUUUCGUUGAAAACUCUCAUCUUACAAUUCACAAACGAGCACAUACAGGAGAAAAACCAUACCACUGUGAUAUAUGCGAUAAAUCAUUCUCUGUUAGUUCUAGUCUUCUAGUUCACAAACGUAGACACACUGGAGAAAAACCAUACUGUUGUGAAAUAUGUGGGAAAUCUUUUGUUAAUAAUAGUGAUUUAAACAGACAUGAACGAAUACACACAGGAGACAAACACCAUAGCUGUGAAAUAUGUGAAAAAUCAUUCAUCACUAACAGUCUCUUAAAAAGACAUGAACGAAUACACACUGAGGGAAAGCCUUUUCACUGAUGUGAGGAAUCCUUUUGAAAAUCUAAACACCUACUAACAGGUACACAUUAGAGAAUGUGAUAAAAUAUGUUAGAAAUGGGUCUAUGUGAAUUUUCAUCAGGUUUCAUAUGUUCUCUAAAAAUGGGAGUUUAUUUGAGUCUCUGUAAAUAUCUACUAAAAUAAUAAGUAUUUUUAUUCAAAUAUUUACAAAAUCCAAAUGAUUAGACACUAGUAAAAAAAAAAAAAACUAUAUGAAAUAUGUGGAGAAUCAUUUGGCAUAUUUUUAUUGCUUUAUCAGUAGGAAGGACAAGGACUAUGACUCUUUUCAUGGACUCUGAGACUAAUAGACUCAUAACAAAGUGGAUUAUACUAAAAGUACUCAAGGACCAGGUGCUAGUAUUAAACUGGGUGAUGGAUUGAGUCUUAUGUCCAAGAAGGUCAUGAUGUAAUUUCAUUUCAUUAUGCAAUGAGCAUAACAAAAUACAGCAUCACAUCAUAUUUGAUGCUUGUUCCAGUCUGCUAUAUAUAUUGACCCUAAAAGGUUGAAAGGCAAACCUGGUCUUAGCAGGACUUGAACUCAGAAUGUAGAAAACCCUAGAAAAAUACAAUGAUAUUUUAUCAGAUGCUGUUUCUGCCAAUUUGCUGAGUGUGGAGUGAAUACAAACUGGAGAAAGAUUUAUUUGUUGUUAUUUAUCAUUACAAUUUUUUUUUAUACAGAUGCAAUCUCAUUAAACUUGACAGGAAAACUACAGGGAUCAAAUCUUAUACAUGUGAAAUUUAUGGAAAGUCAUUUUCAUUCAAAAGCCAUAAGCAAAUAUUUAGAAGAGAAAGAUAUUGAGAUGGUUUGUCGAACAGAUAUAAAACUAAUUACUGAGAAAUUAUGUAAAAUCUUAUCAGUAGAAAAUUUGUAGCAAAAUAUUUUCAGGUAUGUAAAUAAGAAAUGUAUUUUAAUUAAAAUCUUGUAUCUUUAA